AUGGAUGCCCUCGGGGCUUUCUCCUACAUGUCCGAUAACCUACCAACCUGGAUCACUCAUAUUACCGACCUGGCUGCAUACACCGCUGCCAAAAAUGCCGAAUACGCAGAAGCUUAUAAGAAACACGCGACAAUAGCAGGCAAGCCUAGACGUCGGCGCAAGAACAGCUCUGUUUGCUCCAUCCACACGGAAGAUAUACUCCCUUCGACUCAGGUUCCCGACACUCCUACCACCGGUGUUGCAGACCAGAACCAAGAUCCGGCGUCUUGCGCACAGAAUGGGUCUAACGAGUACUCCCGAAAGAGAAGGACGGACGAUGAUGACGCCCCGAGCUUCGAGGAUCCAACAGCAUCUCUCGUCAGCACCAGACACAACCUUAUAAUCCACUACGACGGUCACACGCAGGAGGUUUUGGAGAACAUGGUUCGAAAUAUUGUAACGGCCAGGAACAACAUCCGACGAGGGCGGAUGUCUCAGCUUCCACGUAUGGGCUUCCGACAAGGUAUACCUUCUAUGCCCGGCCGCGGUCCGCCAGAUGCAGUAUUGUCCAGCAUUCGCAGUGCACGGAAUCGAGGGCCUCCAGUGCCACAGAAGGAGAGCGCUGCAUUCGAUCUUGCCGACAAGCAACUGGAAGUAGCUCACGGCUUGUGUGAGUCGGCUGCCUACCAGUUCCUCCGUUCGGGUGACUGCAAAUCGGAACUAAGUAGUGUGGAUGAGAAGUUCAAGAUGCUGCUUGAUAUGUCUAGCGUUGAAGUGCGACGACUGAAGGAGGAACAAGAACAGGCACCACCAGAGCCGGAGAAGGAGGAAACAACGAUAGAACCCCAGUUACCAACCUCUAUAUCCGCGAUCGAGCCGAGUGAGAAGCUCAAGCCCACCUCACCAAACGGGGCUGCGACCGGGGCUAUCGAAGUCGAUGAUGACACUUCAGCGUCUAUGGAACCAAUUGACCUGAGGGCAUUCCGGGCGAACCGGAUGGCCCGCAUGGGGCGUGCACCAGUGUGA